AAAAGAGGAAUACGACUUCCCUGGUGGAGGUAGAGAAAACAAGUGUCAUUUCACAUUAAUUGUAUCCUUUCCAACAUUCAACACACCUCAAGUUCUCUCAUUUUCAUUGCAUCAUAUUCCAUCUCCCAUAAUAUUUAUCUUAAAUUAUAUACAAAUACUUUUAAUAUAAUUUUUUUUUUUUUUUGCUUAGGUACCGAAAAAAAAGAAGAUAAUAUGAAACAUUGCUAAUAAGACUUCUGUGGUCCUAAGAACUUAUGGCUGUCAUUUGUCUCAAUUAACAACCACACUAGUGAUUUUUGACAAUUAUUUUCUUAAUUAUUCAAUAAUAGUGACGCAUUCUUUUCUUUUGUGAUUAUAUGCCAAAAACUUUUGUAUCAAUAUAUAAAUAUAUAAACUCUCAAGUCUCACCUGUAUAUACUUUUAUUUAUUUAUUACUGACACUAGUGUAUAGUUUUUCUUUCUUUUACACAUUGAAACACACAAAAACUUCAUACCAUGGCUGAAGCUCCCAACUUCCUGGCAACUCAACGGAUUGCAGUUGUAAGUGGAGGCAACAAAGGGAUAGGAUUAGAAAUAUGUAGACAACUAGCAUCAAAGGGAAUAUUGGUGAUUUUAACAGCAAGAGACGAGAAAAAAGGGAAUGAAGCUGUUAUUAAUAUGUUAAAGAUGGAUGGCCACUCUAAUUAUAAUAUCAUUUUUCAUCAACUUGAUGUGACUGACAUUUUUAGUAUUGUAAGACUCAAAGAUUUCAUCAAGGACAGAUUUGGCAAACUUGAUAUCUUGGUGAAUAAUGCGGCAAUUCUUGGAGUGCUUUUGGAUAAAGAUUUUAUUAUAAGCCCACAACAAGACUUAUUCAUUGAGAAAAUGAAGGUAGCCACUCAAACUAUUGAUAUAGCUGAAGAAUGUAUAAAAACAAAUUACUAUGGUGCAAAAUGGAUGAUACAAGAAUUAUUACCUCUACUUCAAUUAUCUGAUUCACCACGUAUUGUCAAUGUCUCCUCCUCUACUGGAAAGCUCCAACAUGUACGCAAUGAAUGGGCUAUAGGAGUCUUAAAUAAUUGUGACAAUCUAACAGAAGACAAAGUGGAUGAGGUUUUGAAUGUUUUUCUCAAAGAUUUCAAGGAGGAUUUGUUAGAAAGCAAAAAUUGGCCUCUAACUAUAUCUGCUUAUGUUGCAUCAAAAGCAGCACUAAAUGGUUACACAAGGAUAUUGGCUAAAAAAUACCCAAAUUUUCUCAUAAAUUGUGUUUGUCCAGGUUAUGUGAAAACUGAUUUAUGUUGCAAUUCUGGCACAUUGACUGUUGAAGAGGGUGCUCAAAGUCCUGUUUGGCUUGCUCUUUUACCUCAGGGAGGCCCAUCAGGAAACUUCUACAAUAGGAAAGAGCUCUCAUCUUUCUAAUCAAAUUGAGAAAUCUUGCGAUAUAGAUCAUAGCUAUGUUGCUCAAAUUUUUCAAAAAAUAUUAUUAUAUUCGUGUUGGAUUUUCAAUAAAUAUAUAGUACAUAGUUUGUAGAGGAUCCGACUUAUUAGACCAUAUUAUAGGUUCAUGGACAAAGUUCCUAUUAUAAGGUAUAAAUUGUAAAUUGUAAUACAUAAGUUAAUAAUUAUUGGAUUAUCUAUGGCAUA